ACUCAGUCUGUCAGUGUGCAUGUUUUGAAAUAAGCUCCCAACUAACACCUGGGAAUAUUUGCUUUUUAACUGUUUUAGUAGCUGUUUCAGUCAUAAACAUUUCAGUAAAUGAGGUGUAUCUAAUAUUGCGGAGUGACAGUCACACCCAGUGAAGAGUGAUUCACAACAACCGAGUCGUUCGUCCUCCGUUCGCUCUGUAACUGUUGCAGCUGCCCGGAAAGCUAGUUUUAGACAGCUGGCUAGCCAAAUACCAGCAGAAUCGGUGAUUAGCUAAUGUAUUUAGAUACGGUAUUUACAAAAUCCGCGGGAUCUCUUAUUCGGGAUAAGUAGCGAGUGGAGGAAAAUUUACGGGAACCUGGCAGAUUAGAAAUGGAAGGAGAUGACUGCAGUUUUCCUCCAGAUUCAUCAGAUGGUCACUCUCAAAGAGGAAGUGUUGCUUCCUCUGCAACACUUUCCCGUGCUCAAGAUGUGCUUGUGUACCUGUUUGGUGACAGUGCAGUCCACUUAUCUGUAGAGGGGCUUGGCAGCGUCACUGUGCAGGAGCUGGGCCGCAGUGUUCGCGAGGCUCUCCAUGUUCCUGAGUCUGCACAGGAUGCUUUUGCCUUCUGGUUGUGUUCUCCACUGCUGGAAUUGCAGUUAAAAGUGAGGCAUCAACCAUACAAACUGUGUCGGCAGUGGCAGGACCUGCUGUAUCGCUUCACCGAGGCAUCAGAGGAAGACAUUUCACAAGAUGAGCCGUGUCUCCAAUACAGACGGAAUGUGUUUUAUCCUAAAUCUAAAGAGCUUCAGAUCGAUGAUGAGGGAGUGUUAAAACUUCUGUAUGAGGAGGCCAGAAGCAACAUCCUCACAGGUCGAUACCCCUGUGAUCCUGAGCACUGGAUGGGUCUUGGAGCCUUGUCUUUUGCUCUUGAUGAGGGAACUGGUUUGGACAGCCAACAUUUUACAUCUACUAUAAGAGAGAAGAAGCUGUCCUCUUUUUUGCCCGCACAUGUUGCCAUGGGGAGUGGAGGUUUGCUCUCCACUCUGAGAGGGAAGUCGAGCCGUCAGGCAGGGCUGGAGCAGAACCUGUUGGAGGAGUACAGAAAGAUCAGCACAUCUGCCGCAAACCCUCCUGAGCCCACACAGCUCCUACACCAGUACCUCAACACAUGUCACUCUCUGCCUUAUUAUGGGUGUGCUUUCUUCUUUGGGGAGAUUGACAAACCAGUGCAAGGGAUCCUUCAAAGGGGAAAACGCAAAGCUGUCAAUGUUGGGAUCUGCCUGGAGGGAGUUUAUGUGAUGGAUGUCAAAGAGAAGCAUGUGCUGCUUGGCCUGCGUUUCAGUGAGCUCUCCUGGGACCACAGCUACCCCGAGGAGGAGGGGGACUCACACAUUUUGUGGCUGGAGUUUGAUGGAGAGGAGGAUGGUACUCCUGUCAACAAGUUGCUAAAGAUCUAUUCAAAACAAGCAGAGCUAAUGAGCGGCUUCAUUGAGUUCUGUGUGGAGCUGAAGUCUGCGUCUGAGGGAGGAGCUGCAGUUGAAACGGAUGGUGAGGCGAGUGUGUCUCAGCAGUCCGCCAGCCAGGACGGCAGCAGCAAGAACGGACGUGGAGGACGGCGCGGGAUGCUGCACAGGCAAAACAGCGUUGUGUGCAGUCGGGUCCAUUCACUUAACACAAUCAGCUACGUGGACAAUGGGAAAGAGAUCAAACGCUUGAAGCCAAAAAGAGCUGCGUCCUUCUUCAGCCGACAGGCGUCUGCACCCACGUACUCUGCUGUGCAAGUGACAGAGAGUCUGGAGCAGGGUUAAACUCAACUGAUCAGCUCUGCCGCGUUCCUCUCGAAGACCAAACCUGAACAUUUUACACUGAGAUUUAAAGAAAAGACUUGAUACAAGCUUGAGACAUUUAACUGGUAAUAUAUAAACAUGCAAAGGACCAAGUGAGGGAUGUAAGUGCGUGUGACAAUAUUUAUCUUUUGAAGUUGUGAAUAUUAAGAGAGUACAGUAAUGUGAAAAACAAAAGGAUCUAUUAACAGCUAUGCUUCCAAGGUUAAAGUGAAGUGGCUAUUCAUUAGAUAGCCUCUUAGCACCAUAUGAUGGACCUCCUACAUAAGUCUGAGACAAGCCUUAGAGAAAUCCUCAGAUGACUAUGAUAUCACGUGACCUUUUUGAGCUUUCUGCAGCGCUCUGGAGAGGUUUUUACUGCUAUUAUUCAAAAAUGUUUGACCUCAAAUUAGCAUAACCACUUCAUUACCUCUUUUUACUUUAACUCCUCUUGGGGAUUAAACACCAAGAACAUCAGAAUCCCUGUAUAACAUGAAACAUUUUGUUACUCCUCCUCAGAACUGUAAGAGUUUUUUGAAACUCUUUACAGUCAGCAUGACAAACACUUUCAGGGGAAGAUCUAGGGGCGUGUUCCCACUAUUCUGCUUUUUUAAACUGCCAGUGCCUUGUUCUCAUGAAAGGGUGAAGCCACUUUAAAAAAGUACUGGUAGAAACAUUUAGUGCUUGGAAUUACUGAUGAUAAAAAGUCCCUAUGGGAGCACAUUGGCUGUGUUGUGGAGGUUUCUUGUAAGUACAUGUAUUUAAGAGUUUGACAUGAGUAAUAUUUGCUGACAUUUGCAGCUGGUUAUUGUGGAAGGUGGUGCAGGUCCCACAUUUUAAAAUUUGACUUUUUAUUGAAUGCUGAAUUGUGUGAAUUUGGUCUAAACAUGUAAAGCAACAGGAUAAAACAGAUAUUUUAUAAUAUCCAGCCGUAGAGGCCAAAAUUGCAUGUUCACAAUAUCGAGUGCUCAUUGGUGAGCUUAAGUUGAUUUGCACCAACAAAACAAACUACCUGAACUUUACAAGUUCAAGAACUAAAAAUCUAUCUCAUAUAAGCUUUUCUCCUACAGUUAAUGUACUGUACCAUGCUGCUGUUCCUGCUUCUAAAAGGUCUGCAGUUGUCCAGUCAGAAUAUUAUAUUCAAAGUUAAACUUCCAAAUCAGCACCAUCAGUACAAGUCACAUCCAUGCACAGGUCUGAACUUGCCUACCACACACUUGGUCAGACCUGAUCAGCAAAGUAAAACUGAUGCAAUAUCGUACUUGUGCAACUUCUGACAUGAGAGAAGCAAAAAUAAAAGAAACCUUCCUGUUUAACCGUUAUCAGCACUACUUAACACAAACAAAUUCAAACUUCAAACUCAUAUGUAUAUUUGGGUUCGCCAUUUAAAAUUAUUGUUUUCCUUGCAAACACAAUCAUGGUUGACAUUUGAAAGAAGACAGGGAACACUAUCUUUGUAUCAUGUUGCUGAUGCCUUAUUUUCAGCUUUGUGACAGUGCAUUUUUACAUACUCCUGUGGGUUUAUCCAGGAGUAAUGGUAAAAAGGAGGACCGUUUUCUCAACCCAUAAUGAAACAUUUAAUGCCUCAGUUUAUCUGCUAAACUAAGAAUAACUUUAUACUGAGGUACAUGGUUUUCACUGGACAGAGACGAGUUUGCUCUGCGCAUAUGGUGCGGACAAACUGACCAGGAACUUUCAACCAUGCUGUUGAAAUCUCUGUCUGUACACCAAAGCGAGCCUAUCUAACAUGCUGCAACACAGUGUGCUACCUUAACACUCGAGAGACAGAUUCCACAGUCUAAACCUGGCAGAAUCCCUCCAGGUGUGUCUCUCUGAACAUCACCCCAGUCCUAACAGGCAGUUUCUGUCUUUGCUGUACAUUCAACAAAAGCGUUCACCUCACUAAUGGCCAUCAAAGAAGUUAUACAUCUGUAUAACGCUGCCACAUGUCCUCAUUUGAGAUGAGGUGGUAUCAUAUAUUCUUCCUGAUUCUCCUGCGCAUGCAAACUGCAGAAUGUUCUUACAUUUCUAUGCUUUUGACUUGUAACUCAGCUACUGUCUGUAACCUAACUGCAGCAGUCCAGUUUAUUGUUGCUCAUGAACACUAUGCAUGUCACAUUGUAGAAUAGGCAUUCCGACAGACUCCACAUCAUGUGAUACUGCACUAUUAAUACUAAUACACUGUUUAUAAAUCUUUUACAUCUGCGGAUUGUUUUGUAUUGUUUGUUAGCUUUUAUGAGAGAAUAUUUUUACUUUUCUUUUUCAUAUACUCGUCAGUGUUUGUACACUAGAAUGAAGAAAUAGGUCAUUUUAAGCAUUAUCUUCUCAAGCAGUCACUUUUGCAGAAACAUAAAGUGCCUUUUUGUUUGUACUAAGUUGGCAUCUGAAUGACCGUUUUGGUGCUUGGAAACCAGGAAUUUUUGGUAUUGCUAUGGUUUUAAAAAAAAAUUGUGUUUUGUAAUGUUUUUCCCACAUUUUCAACUAGAUGAUGCAUUUCACCUUUCCUAGCUGAUGUGAGUAUAUUGAUAUACUGAAUAACCGUGGUUCCUCUCAGUGCAGUGCUCAGUUAGUUCCGCCUUCAUUAAAAUAUGUCUGAUUGUUGUUGUUUUUUUGUUUUUUUUUAAAUAAACAGAUGCAAAGUG